AUGACCGACUAUAAGACGUUUAUUAUUACAUUAAAGGACUCUGUCCUAGAUCUCCACAUUGAGCAGUUCAAGAAAUCAGUGGAGGAUCUAGGUGGUAAAGUCACUCAUGAGUUUAAACUCAUUAAAGCAUUCACUGUACAGAUACCAGAUUUGCACAUAAACAAGUUGACUUCCCUACAUAACGACAAUAUCGCUAGUGUCGAAGAGGACUCUACAGUUCACGCUAACUAG